GCCCUUUCAGCUUAAACCCUUCCAAGUUCCAACCUUCCGUGCCAGCUUCGUUGUCCUUCGGUUCAUCUCCGUUAUCUCGGACCCCUUGGAUUUGUUCUCCAUCUGCUUCGCUUGCCAUGGACGUUGAAGGUGCCCGCAAGAGAGGGCGGCCUGAAGUUGCCUCUAGUGACAAUGGCAGCCUUAAGAAAUCCAAGACAGAUAAUCAAGCAAAGGAGCAUAUCGAGCAAUUACAGAGACUUCAGAAAAAGGACCCAGAAUUUUAUGAGUUCUUGAAAGAGCAUGACAAGGAACUUCUACAAUUUGAUGACAACGAGGAUAUUGAUGAAGAAUUUGAUACUGACCUGGAAGAUGGAGAUCUACAGCUAGAUGAGAAAGCUAGCAAGCUUAGUUUUCCAGGAAAGGAGCAAGGACCUUUGAAGAAAGCCUUAACCACUUCUGUGGUUGAUUCAUGGUGCAAAUCGGUCCAAGAUAAUGGAAGCUUAAGUGCAGUUCGAUCUCUGAUGAAAGCUUUCCGGACUGCAUGCCACUAUGGUGAUGAUGGAGGGGGAGAGUCAGUAGCAAAACUUAGCAUCAUGUCCAGCAGUGUGUUCAACAAAAUAAUGCUAUUUGUUCUUAAUGAAAUGGAUGGAAUACUCAGAAAUUUGUUGAAGCUUCCUUCUUCUGGUGGAAAGAAAGAAACUAUAAAAGAUCUAAUGGCAACAAAGCUUUGGAAGAACCAUAGCCAUUUAGUGAAGUCCUACCUUGGAAACGCCCUCCAUGUUUUGAACCAGAUGACUGACACAGAAAUGAUAUCAUUUACUUUACGCCGGCUGAAAUAUUCUUCCUUGUUUUUGGCUGCUUUUCCUACCCUUUUAAGGAAAUACGUUAAGGUAGCCCUUCAUUUCUGGGGGACUGGGGGUGGUGCCCUUCCAAUUGUUUCAUUUCUAUUUUUGAGGGAUUUAUGCAUCCGCAUUGGAUCUGAUUGCAUCGAUGAUUGCUUCAGAGGAAUAUACAAAGCCUAUGUUUUGAACUGCCAAUUUGUAAAUGCAGUGAAACUUCAGCAUAUCCAUUUUCUUCGGAAUUGUGUCAUUGAACUUUUAGGUGUGGACCUUGCAACUGCUUAUCAACAUGCUUUUGUUUUCAUCCGGCAGUUGGCUAUGAUUUUAAGAGACGCCCUAAAUACAAAGACUAAGGAAGCAUUCCGCAAGGUGUAUGAGUGGAAAUUUAUUAACUGUCUUGAACUCUGGACUGGUGCUGUUUGUGCCUACAACUCAGAGUCUGACUUAAAGCAACUUGCAUAUCCACUGACCCAAAUAAUAUCUGGAGUAGCCCGUCUUGUUCCCACAGCCAGAUAUUUUCCCCUUAGAUUGAGAUGCAUCAGAAUGCUAAACCGCAUUGCAGCUUCAACAAAUUCUUUUAUCCCAGUGUCCAUACUUCUUCUGGACAUGCUGGAGAUGAAAGAAUUAAAUAGACCCCCAACAGGAGGUGUUGGCAAAGUUGUUGACUUGCGGAGUGUACUGAAGGUUAGCAAGCCAAGCCUGAAGACUAGAGCAUUUCAAGAGGCAUGCGUUUCUUCUGUAGUUGAAGAGCUUGCUGAACACUUGGCACAAUGGAGUUAUUCUGUUGCAUUCAUGGAAUUGUCUUUUAUUCCACUUGUCAGGUUGCGCAAUUUUUGCAAGUCGACUAAAGUUGAGAGGUUUCGGAAAGAAAUGAGGGUCCUUAUUCGCCAGGUUGAGGCUAAUGCUGACUUUGUGAAUGGAAGGCGCAUGUCAGUUUCCUUUUUACCUAAUGACCCUGCAGCCUCAUUCUUUCUUCAGGAUGAAAAGGAGGCUGCAGUUAGCCCUCUAUCAAAGUAUGUCGUUACUCUUCAACAGAGAGCACAGCAAAAGAAUGCUUCAUUGACAGAUUCCAGUGUUCUUGUUGGGGAAGAGUGCUCUGUUUUUGGGAGUAAAAUAUCAGAAAGUGAUGAAGAUGAUGAUGCAAGGAAGAAUGAGGAAGGUGCUUCUGUCUUCAGUUCGUCCUGGUUACCUGGAAAAGGCUCCAAGGCAAAACAUCCUACAGAAACAAAGAAAAAGAAUCGGAAGCAGCAAAAACAGAUAGCAACUGAUGAAGAUGUGGUGGAGGACUUGGUACUGAGUUCUGAUGAGGAUGAUUCUCUGGAUGAGAGCCUUGCUGAGGGAGAAAAUGACGAUGCAGGCAACUUACCUCGAAAACAGAAACGCAAGAAGCAGGGAACAAAAAGGCCGAAACAAAAGAAAUCUCGUAGCAAGAGUAGAAACAAUUGAGAAAUCUCUAUGGAAACAUUGUUUUUCUUUAUUCAAUUGGCUUUCGGAAAAAUGAAAGGUUGGCCAACAAUUUUGUAGUUCUAGUCUCUCCAGAUUUGUCCAAUACAAGUAUAGGCUUUCUGUUUGAGACACGGGUCUCAUGUAUAUUAAGUUCAGGCUGUGGCAACAUGUACGAGUAAAUGUAAUUCUUGAUUCCUGGGAGUAAAUUUGAACUAUGAAUUUAUGUUUGUAGUAAAAUAUGAUUUUUUAUUUAUUUAAUUAUAUGGCUGUAACAUUUGUUUUUAA